AUGUUUUGUUCUGGAGACAGGGAGAAAGGGCCUGUGGCCUUGGAGGAACAGUGGGAUUACAUUAACCUCGAUGACUUCAAAUCAGAGUCCUGUCUAUCCCCGUUCUCAUACUUCUUUCUCUACGUCUUCCUUCUUAUCUCCAUAGCCGUGUACGGAGUCGACACCUUUACCGCCGUCAAUCUUCUUGCUUUCUCACGAUGGGCGGGCCAAAUUGAGCCUGCGAUUCCUUUCAAAAUAUCGCGAUGGAUCUUCGCAGUUUGCAUCAUCAUCUCUUUCGCCCUCUUGAUCUACCGAUGGUUGCGCGCCAUUCGUGCAAUCCGCUCCGGGAGUAUCGCUCAGAGCUACCUCGACUCUCUCGCUGUGCGCGUUCAAAGUAUUCGAAUGGGAAGCAACGGUCGCGGUUGGAGGCGAUUCCUCGUGUUCGGCGAGUUAACCAAAAGUAAGAAGGGCGCUGAAUACGUCGCCCUCUUCGCAUACUUUGCUUUUGAAUCUUGGCUGAGCACUCUUUUUGCCGACGGCCCACGACAAGUCGUUAACGCUAUUACCCUAUACUCAGUGAUGCAAAUGGACCUUCUUCCCGGAGGCAGCAACACAACCGACGAGGGCGGGUCCGGAGCUUCGCAAUUCUUUGACAACAUGAAGGUGCUGGCGGAGGAUAACACCGAACGUGCGGUUGUCCUGAUCGGAAUGCUAUUUACCUUGGUCAUAUGGGUCUUGUCAAUGCUCAAAUUGAUCCUGGCUGUCGUACUCUACCUUAUCUUUCUCUUCCACCAUAUCCCUUCGGAGGAUGGGUCAUUGAAGGCUUAUUGCAAACGAAAAAUUAACAGCCGGCUCACUCGUAUUGUCCGGAGGAAAGUCAACAAAGCUUUGGCUAAAGGCGUGGCCUUGCAAGAUCGGAAACCGACCAAUCCAAACAUGGGUCUAGACAAACGGCCUACUCUUCCCUCACUGGGUGCUGGCGAUGAUGACAAGACACCUGUUGUCACCACGAUCUCGCGCACUACCACACAAACCACUCUCCCGGCUUACUCUUCACGUCCUGGGACAGCUGCUCCGGAUCGCAAUCCCACCUUGCCAGAUGUUGGCGCAUUCAAUGAUAAACCUGGAUUGAGCCGAACAAUGACCGAAUCUUCAGCAUAUUCCGAUGCGGCUUCGUUGUCAGGAAGCACCGCGGUGUCAGCGUACAGCCCACUGGAUCGACAUGGUACGCCGGCGCCACCAGUGCCACCAGUGCCACCACUUCCGAAGCACGGCCCUGCCCCGAUGCCACGCUCCCAGACUCCAAGGAUGCCACAGAAUUUUAACCAAGCGCCUGCGCAACCGGGAUACAAUAGUCCAAUGGAGCGGUCAUCACCGGCGCCAUCUAUGCCGCGCACCCAGACACCGAUGUCACGUUCAGAAUUCACCCCAGCGCCUCGUCUGCCCGGUCAGCAGCCGGGACCCGUACCGCGUUUGCAGACUCCAGUAUCGCGGCAAGGGUUUACACCCACACCUUCAGCUCCUGGAUACGGCCCGAUUGACAGGGCGUCGCCAGCGCCACAAAUGCCACGAACACAAACACCCGUUUCAAACUACACCUCAGGCCCAGGGUACAGCCAGGUUGACCAUGCCUCGCCGGCACCGCAAGUUUUCCGCAACCAAACACCCGUGUCACGUUCCAAUUUUACACCAGCUCCUGGAUAUGGGCCAAACGUCCCCGGAACACGAGGUCCUGGCGAAGGGUACAGGCCAUUUGAAACAUACCAACCUCAACACGAUCCUUAUGGUCCUCCAUCUAGCACUCCUUUCCGUCCAUACAGUCCGGCAAUUGAUCCAAACACUCGUUCUCUAACUCCCGCGUCUGCCUUCCCUGGUGAAAGAGCAGCAGCCCGAACAUUCUCACCCUUCAACCAGCCUGGCGCAGCUCCCUAUCCAGCUCAAGAAAACGAAUACCCGCUACGGUCGUUCAGUCCUGCUACUUCUAAUGGCCUUCGCUCACAAGACGCUGCCCCCGCCGACGCACUGGGCAGGACGUUCUCACCAGUCAAUGCAGCCAAUGGAGACGGCUAUGUGGCGUUUAGUCCUGUAGCCAAUGCGUCACCCUCGCCUUUUGCUAGCCACGCCAUUUCCGCACACGAUGGAUACAGCCAUGAAUCCAGCUAUGAUCAUCCGGAACCUCAGGACUAUGACAUGCCACACAGCUCCUAUAACUCACAUGAAGAGCCUGGGAGUGGUUAUGUGGCAUUCAGUCCUGCAGCCAAUGCGCCGCGCUCGCCCUUUGCUGGCGACGCAAUUUCGGCACACCACGAAGCCAACCAUGAACAUCUAGAUCACCUGGACCAUGCCAUGCCACAUGACUAUAGCUCGCACGAAGAGCCUGAGAGUGGCUAUGCUGCAUUCAAUCCCGCUGCUAAACUAUCGUCCUCCGACCUAAACCAUGCUUCUCCAUUCGAAGAUCAUGACGAAUCGCAUAUCGAUGCCGCCCAUGAGUCCACAGGAAGACCAAUUUCGGAGUCCCACGACACGUCGCAACAGAAUCAUAACUAUGUUGCUUACACACCUUCCGCUGGAAAUGAGGCCCCUCUCGAGGGACAUGCUGAGCCGCAUGAGAACGUCGAAAUGCAUACCGGCGCUGACGUGGCGGACAACUCGUACGAACACCGUGUGUCCCACUACAACCAUGAUAAUCCUACCACUUCGUCCAGGAAGUCGUCCGAGUCCGAAACUUCUUCACAAGGACACCACGAACACGCGACUGCAGAGCAGAUGCAUGGAUUAGAGGUCAGGCCUGUUUCUCCGCUGAGCUUGGGCGACUUGACGCAUGCCAAUGAUGGCUUUGCAACUUUCCACCCCUCCGUCACCUCGCCUACGCGAACUGAGACCGAACAUAAUUCAAAUUACCACACACAAACAAGUGCGACUGUCGAGAACCCAUUUGAGAACUCCAACCGCCAAGAAACAAGACCCUCAGAAGGGUACAGGGCCUUUAGUCCUUCCGUGAGAUCACCCGCUACACCCACGCUUCCAAACAUCGCGCCAUAUGAACAUCAUGGCCAAUCACCAGCAAGGACAAUGUCCCCUCAAGGCGAGACUUCACACGUGAAGCCAUAUCGGCCGGAUUACAUCUAA